CUUGCAUCUGGCCAGCACUGAAGCUGGGCGCCCAUAACGAGCCAUGGAAGAUUUGGAGGCUCAGGCCAAAGAGAUGGCAGAAAAGACCCUGCCAACAAGUCUUCCGGCUGCUGCUAGGGCAGCAAAGCUUCCAGCGAUCACACAAAAAAUAUUUGAGAGAUUGAAGAAACAGCGUGAAGAGUCAAAGCUGAAAGAAACUGAGGGAUUCAAAGCGACGAGCACACCCGGGCUGUCCGGCGGUGGGCCGCUGGUUGGGGGUGUAGAAGCGUCGCCAGCGCCACCCCCACCCCCAGUCCCACCUCCGCCUGAAGUACUUCGAAUUCCCAAAGUCGAGCUUUUUGGUGAUGAAUUAUGGUUUGAUGAUCCAGAGACGCGAAGAAGAUUACGCGAUUCGGUGAUUGAAGCUCACAGAGAAGAAAAGAUUCUUGUCGGAGCUCCUGCAGACGAGGUCGAGCGGAUCUGUCCGUCAAAUGGACGGGUCCUAGGUGCUGGAGCAGUUCUGCGGCUCGGCGGUGCCCAUCUUGGUGGUUAUGGGGAAUCAGAUGUCGCUUAUGCAUACCGACAACUGGCCAGAGUUUUGCACCCGGACAAGUGGCAGAAUGAAAGAGAGAAAGAGAAAGCUGUCGCAGCAAGCGCCUUCAAACGACUCUCGGAGGCUGCUGAUGAGCUCCGGCAAGCUCUUGCGGAGCAACGACAUGUAUUGAACACCCUAUUUGCCUUUACCGGGCGCACUGCUACCGCUGAAAUGUUGGAAAGACCGCAAGAAGCGAUCUUUGCCGAGGCUUGCCGCUUGCUGCACUUAGUCAGCACAACUGCCGGUGAAGGCCACAUAGAUCGGGUGGCAUUGAACAGAGCUGCAGCUUUGAACUCACAAAAGGCUUUGCUAUUGGCAUCUGAAUGGUUUAAAAAGACAACUCUCUUGGAGCUGUUUGGAGGAACAUCCGUGAGGGCUUCAUAUGAUUGCGCGCCCAAGCGGUAUCGUGCACAGUUUCUUUGCCUUCUCUAUCGCUUGCUGUUGAUUGAGACUCGUCAAUUUGGGGAGCUUUCAUGCAGACCUGCUUGGACAAAGAUCCUGCAGAACUUCCCAGAGCUCGCCUUGUGGCAAGAUUUCCGUGAGCGAUUGCAAUGCCAUGUUUGGGACAACAGCAGCGACCCGACGCCCGUGGAACCCCGCGCUUAUGCAGAUGAGGUGACUCCAUCGCCGGAGGAUGAGGGGCCGAUGGAUGAUGCCACCAAGGCGCAGAAACUUCUGGAUACUUACUGGACGCUCCUCUCAGGCCCUGUUUUUCAGACGGCCUACGAGAAGCUUCGGCACCGUGGCAAGAUGACUCUUCAGCUGGGCCUCAUGCAGCUGCUGGAAGAAGCCACACAGGAGGCUGUGACACAAAUUGGUGAGAAGAACUUUAAGGUAACUGGGAGCGGCACUCCGAGCACUGCGAGCGGCGACCGCGGAGCUUGGAAGUUCAAGCAGUCAGUCGAAUUGGUCAAGGAGCAUUGCAAGGAUGAGUCCAUCCGGCGAAAAGCUUUAGAGUUAGAGCGAAUGGUGGACUAUCCUGGAAAGCUCUUUGGGAUUGACAACAAAAAGGAUCCAUCCAACCGUGGCAGCGUGCACAGCCGCAGUCGCAGUCGCAGUCGCCGCCGCAGCCGCAGUCGCCGCCGCAGUCGCCGCCGCAGCCGCCGCCGCAGCCGCAGUCGCCGCAGUCGCCGCCGCAGCCGCAGUCGCCGCAGCCGCAGCCACAGUCGUCGCAGGCGGCGACGGUGCAGCCGCAGCGGUAGCCGAGGCAGUCGCCAAAGCCGGCGACGAAGCCGCAGCAGAAAGAAAUCAUUUGAUGCCAGAAAUGGCGACAAAGAGACUGCACCAGGAAGUUUGGAGAAGAAGGAGAACAAGUUGAACGAGAAAGAUGAGGGACCGGGAAAGAAGCCUGCGGAUGUUGAGGGCGGGAACCUUCGAAUAGGACGUAGCUCCGAUGGAAAGCCAACGUAUAGACGUCAUUGGGAUGUGAAAGAAGGAGAAAGAGAAAACGCGCAGGACGAUGUAAAGAGAGAAUGUGCAGCAUGGGCUCGUCCAUGGCGACUGGCCAUAGCUGCCAUCCUUCCAUCAGGUGCAGAUGGUGUGCUGCCGUUGACUCAUCCGGAUUUGCGGCAACUUAUUGCCGACUUAUGGUUCCAGGAGAUUUUGACAUGGUCAGAGAGUCAAGACAGCAGGUGCCUUGGGCUUUUCAAAGCAGAUGCUCAGACGCCCCAAACAUUUGGUUGGGCUGGCAGAUCGAAGGCUACACGUGGGCUGGAUCCUGACUUCCCAAUUUGUGAAUGGGCUUUCGUUCCUAUGUCUGACCUACUCCUCGUAGUAGCCGAGGGCAUUAUCGGAAUAACAUCAGAAGGUGUUUUUGCUGACAACUUCCCCAACCAUCAACGGUUCUCAUUGGAGGAGCUGCGUGAGAAGGUGGAUGGAAGAAGCUAGAGGAUGCUUCUGACAAAAACCAAGCGACUCAGCAGACCGACCCAGUGUAA